ACUGUCGACCAAAGAUGUCGACGCAAACACAAACCGCGCCAUGGCGCUUCGCUGGGCACUGGCGGUGGCGGUGGCACGGGCCAAGGCUGAGGGCAUCGAGCCUUUGCAGCCUUUGGACGUGCCCAACAGCUUAUCUUGCGGCCUUCAACAGGGCUGGCCGAGCGUGGCGGCCGCCCUGUCCGUGGAAGCUGGACAGGGGCCAGAGCCCGCCGAUGCUUUGCCACGGAUGUGCCAAAAGCUGGACUUGGACCUGGUGAAAUGGAUGGUAGGCGAGGUGCUGAACCUGGCCUGGGCAGAGAACACUUCCGAUGCUGUGCAGGAUUUUUAUGAGGAACAAUACUACUGUGAACCUCGCCUGGACAAGAUCUUGCGGGAAGAAACCCAGGAGGAGUGUCAAGCUGCCGUCUCAAGCACUGUGCAUUCGGCCUGCCUGUAUGGAUCCGCAUCCAUCUUUGCAUGUAUCCUCAGCAUGCUCUUCCGACAUCCGCAGCAGCUGGAUGCCCCGGAUCUGCUGUCGUCGAUGAAGCACUCCCUGCUGGCCAUCCGGUGGUUCUUGCACUCGGAACACCGCUGGAUGGAAUUCCUGGAUUCCUCAGACUGGCCUGUAACGUUGACAGACUUAGUGAACAUCAUGGAUGCCUAUGGUGAUGUCCUGGCACUGGAACACCUCAUCAACGCCAGUUCUUCCACAGUCCGCGGACUGCUGCGCCAGAGUCGGAAACCGUGGAACGCAGGGAGCUUCAGCUGGCUGAAGGCCACCUUAGCAGCGAAGCAAUCCCUGGCAGCGGUCCACAGCUGGCGAAGCGAGCGAAGUGUUCCCAGGUGGUACCCUUCGCACCACGAUUCUACGCGCGCGUCGGUCGCAGUGCGGCUGUGGGCCUUCGGAACGCAUUGUUCGGUCAUGGCGGAACCCGUGUCUGUGAUGACAACCUUGUUGUCCGACGAAUUCCAGGUCAACGUCUCCUGGCAGGGCGCUUCGGACUACUGUCAGUACCACCAUGGGGCACGGCCCGAUGGCCACAGCGCUGUGAGGAAGUUGUACAUGAAGCACUGGCGGAAAGCAGGCCAUGUCAGAUAUCAAGUAGUCCAUCCCCGGCAAGGCACCCGUCCUGCGAGUGAGGCGCACCGAGAUUCUUUGAGCAACGCCAAAGACUUUGCAGAGGAAUUGCAAGCGUUGUUGCGCCAAGACCAGGACUUCCAACACAGCGAUGUGGCUUUCUGCAGCGAACCAGCCAUUGCCUGCCUUUCGAUGCAUCGAGCCGGCAAGGCCGUGAUUGGCUACUUUGGCGUGCACAUCGCCUUCAUGCUCAACGAGGGAGAGGAGCAAAAGAGCCUCUAUCAGGCCUUUGUGGAGGAGCUGAGCCAGGAUCCGCGGAAUUCCUUUGCCACCAAGGCGCCGUACCUGUCCUUACAGAUCUACAGUCACACCUCUCUGAAGUUUCCAUCGGUGCGACCCCUAUCCCUUUACACUCAGCCUGUGACCUAUUCCGGUGCGAAGUCCACGGAGAUUCUGCUGAAUCGGCGACCGGUACUCUUUUGGAACAGGCGCUUGCUGUUGAACUCAGUGGCCUAUCUGAAUGGCUUCGAUUUGAAGUUCCAGGAAGUGAAGAGUCUGAGCGACAAGACCUUCGGCAAUUGGCUAUCUCAUCGGGCAGGCCUAUAUUUUCCAUACGAUUGGCUUCAGACGAUGGGCUUCUACGACUGGAUCAACAUGGCUUUCCCCACCUUCGUUCCUGAUACGCCGAUGUACACCUACACCAUGAUGGGCACGAACCACAGGGGCUGGACAGCUACCAUCUUCUCACCGCCGAAUGACCUCUAUCCCUACAAGUACCAGGAUUGGAACGAUCUCGAGAGUCGCGUCUUUUGGUGGCACAUGACGGAUUUCAAGGUCUUGCCAAUGGUUCAGCUCUUCCAAUCCCUCCCGCAGCUCUUCCAGAUGCUGACGCAGGCAUCGAUGAACAGCAUCAGCGCGCAGAUGCGCUUGCAACAUUUGCAGCGCACCCACAGUACUGCAAAGUAUUGGCAGGAGAGUUUGCUCAGAGCCUUGAGCGAUGCGAUGAGAAAAGAGUGGGACGACGGAUUGGUGGAGCAUGCCAAGGUUCUGGCCCUCUUCAACGACUACCUGACGAAGGUCUUAGGUCGCCUGGAUCCGUCCAUGUGGAGAUGGGUGAGCUACGAGGAGCUAAGUAGCAGCUGGUCUCAGAAAUGCUACGAUGAAGUGGCGCGGGCGCUCGGUCGAGAUUCAUGGUGGGAAAGCCCGUUGAAGCCAGCGGCGUUGAGUCGUGCAUUUCGUUACUUCAAACCCAGUCGCAAGGAUGCGGCCAGCGAGAUGACGCGGGAGAACUUGCGGCUGCUGCAGCAGCUGGAAGCGCGCAAAGGCCGCGGAUGGUUUCCGGAGAUGUAUCCGCAGCAGCAACUGCUGAAACAGUUCGCAGCAACUGGAAAGACGGUGAUGUCCAAAGAGGUGCCACCACCAGAGGACAAUGAUGCUUUUCAGGCCAUCAGCCAGCAGAAUCCCGCCUUUCAACAGCUCUGGGAGACCCUGAGCGCUUCUCAACGUCAGGUGAUGUUUGAAACUCCCACCAUCACCAGGGUGGAAGGCGCAUCGCUCACGGGGAAGCCCGCGCAACAAACGGCGCAAUCCGCCGGAAGUUUCGGGGUUUCCGACGCCACAGAGGAGUCGAAGGAAGGUCCUGCAGCUCCUCGCAUGGGCUCAGGGAACAUGUUCGACCGCAUUGCCUUCGCAUAUGACUCCACCAACAAAUGGAUGUCGUUCGGCCUGGACCAACAUUGGCGAAAUACCAUGGUCAAGGACUGCUUGCAGCUGCGGCCCGACGACAAAGUGUUAGAUCUGGCCACCGGAACUGCUGACGUGAGCAUUCUCGUUGGUCAGCACUUGAGACAGCUGGGCGCGCGUGGCACCAACGCGGUGCUUGGCGUGGAUCCCAGCAACGAGAUGCUUCGCCGCGGUGUGGUCAAGGUGCAAGACCAGCAUCUGGAACAUGUGGUGCGUUUGGUGAAGGGCGAUGCCCAGGACCUGAGAGAGGUGCAGGUCAUAGACGCAGAGGGGACCUUGGGAGACAAGUCCCCAGGUAGCCGAGAAGCGUCGGUGGACAAGAUCAGUAUGUCCUUUGGGAUUCGCAAUGUCCCGGAUCGCUCCAAGGCACUCUCUGAGAUGCGCCGUGUGCUGCGGCCCUCAGAGCAGAGUCGUGUGUGCAUUUUGGAGUUGUCGCUGCCCACGGGAGACACCUUCCUCUCUAAGUUGGCCCGAAAGUUCAUCACUGAAGUGGUUCCCUUCAUUGGUUGGGUCGCCACCAUGGGAUCUGGCGGAGAGGAGUACGAGUAUUUGGAACGCUCCAUCCUACGCUUUCCGAAACCGAUGGACUUCGCAGCGGAGCUGGCUGCUGCGGGUCUCCCUGUAGAGACGAUCACGAGCUUCGCCUAUGGUGCAGUGAACCUCUACACAGCCAAGCCUGUUUGGUCUUUGGUGGACAUGUGCAGCCGAAACCAGGAGGUUGAAAAGUUGACCGCACAUUUGGAACGCUUCAGCAUGACCUUGUCCGAGGACCAACGCUUCAUGCUUCACAAGGCCAUGUUGCGGGAGAAGGUGGGGAAGCGUGUGGAGGCCCUUCUGAUUGCUGCGGACGUGGACUUCAGCGCUUUCAGCUGUGUGCAUUUUUGGAUCGAGGACCGCGGCUUCGGCUCGGAAGUGAAUAACUUGGUCUCGGCGGCCAUCGCAUGUGAGGAACAUGGAAUUGCGUGUGUGGUGGAAGACGAGGUGUGGAACUCUGGACGUUUGCACACCUACCUCCAGGCUGAACCUUUGAUCCUACGCCGUUGCCCCAAGCAACUCUGCCGGCCCUGCGAAGUGCGUCGGGACCGGCGCGUGGCGACCCCAGGCUGGUUUGCCGUGUGCAAGCACGCCAGCAACGUGUCCUUUGCUCGGAAGUCAAAGUAUAUGCGACGAAUCUGGCGCUAUACCAAUGAGACACAGAAACGGAUCGACAGGCUGAAUGAAGAACUGAAUCUGCCUGAGAAGUACAUUGCGGUGCAGAUUCGCCGCGGCGACAAGGUCGCAGGCAACCGCAAGGAGAGCGUCGAGAUGACAGGACGAGACUUUGCUCAAGAAGCGUUGAAACACGUCAGUCCUGGAGGGCCCACGGUCAUCAUCGCAUGCAGCGAUGAUCGCUCGGCGGCGGAGGAGUUGGGCAAUGCCGUGGGGCGCCGAGCGGAGGUGCGCUGGCGAAAGCGUCAAGAUGUUCCCGAGAACCUGAGGAAUGGCCAUUGGCAGGCAGACUACAACGCCUUGUCAGCCAAGCAACGUGUGGCAAUGACCCACGAGUUCUUGGCCGAUGUGGAAGUGCUGCGGAAGGCCACGCUUUGCGUGUGCACCUUCAGCAGCAACGUGGGACGCUUGGUGGCCUUGCUGAGGGAUGGACCGACCGUCUCCAUGGAUAUCGCCACAUGGACCAAUGACGUCAACCUCAGCCUGGAAAUUGCUGGCUGCAACUGUCGCAGCGGACAGAGAAAGUUGCUGACCAAGAUUUUUGUCGCAGAACAGGAACGGAGCAAAGGAAUUCCGUUGGCAGUAGUGCCGUUGGUCGCCCCGUUGCCCAUGGCGUCGCCCUCGAACAAUCCGUACCAUGGCGGCUACCACGGGCCGUACUACGCGUCGCCCAACGCCCGCAGCAGCCGCGAAAGUGAUAUGGCGGUGCCAGACGAGGGCUGCGAUGCAAGGCACUGCGUGCGUGUGGUCGAGGACUACCACCUCUUAGACUUCUCGGAACGCUUGAACACCAGCAGCUACGUCAAUGUGGUCUUUGAGCCAGAAGAAGAGAAGGUCGCGCUGAUGGGGUUGAAGGUGAAUCUAGCGGAUCAGACCGUGUACCCAGAGUCCUUCCGCAUGCACAAUGACACCCUCAACAUGAUCGCCAAAGCCUGGCAUUGCCCCAAGCCCGACGACUUCGAGGAGUACGGCUGCUAUGCGGGCGCCGGGACAGUGGGCUCCACAGAGGCGUGUUUGCUGGCGGGCUUGGCCCUGAAGUUCCGAUGGCGGAAGUGGUAUGCCAAGAAGUUCAACAAGAGCGAAGACGAAGUCAGAGGCGUUUAUCCCAACUUGGUGAUUUCGACGAUGUUUCAGGCAGCCUGGGAGAAGCUGUUCAAGUACAUGGACAUCCAGCCGCGAUUUGUAAAGCCCAGCUACAAGACCUUUACCUUGGACCCCACCAAGAUCAAGGAGUUCAUUGAUGAGAAGACCAUCGGAGUCGUGUGCAUCAUGGGCAACCACUACGGCGGCCAGUAUGAUCCUGUGUGGGAGGUUGAUGCGGUCUUGGAAAAACUCAACGCGGAGAAAGGACUUGAGGUUGGCAUCCACGUGGACGCAGCUUCCGGCGGCUUCAUCGCACCCUUCCAGGAAGGCUUGCCUCCGUGGGACUUCCGCCUGAAGCAUGUCAUGUCCAUCUCGGCGAGCGGCCACAAGUUUGGCAACUCCUGCUGUGGCACAGGCUGGGUGGUGUGGCGCCAGCGCAAGGGACUCUCUGAGCACGUGGCCAUCAGCGUGUCCUAUUUGGGAGGAAGUGCUGACUCCUACACGCUGAACUUUUCGCGCCCUGCGCAGGGUGUUUAUGUCCAGUUCUACAAGUUUCUACGACUGGGAAAAGCUGGCUACGCUGCACAGGUGGCGAAUCAGCUGGCCGUCGCACAAUUUCUGCGAGAAGGUCUUCAAAGCAUCAAGGUCAACGACUUUUCCAUCUUUACCAUCUUGGAUGCCGUGGGCAUGAGCGAGCAAAAGCACUGCCUGCCGGUGGUGGCUGCCAUGAUCAAUCCAGAUCUGGGCUUGCCAUUUGAUGACAUCGAUUUCCAACAUGUGGUGGCGCAGGGGCAUUGGUAUGUCAGCGGCUACCACAUGUCCAUGCACCAUCCCCUCACUGAGGAGACAAUGCCCCUUUUCACGGACUCAUCAGCUGAACAAGCGAUGUUCAGAAUCGUGGUGAAGAACAAUCUCACCAUGAGGAUGGCGGCCCACCUCAUGGAUGAGAUUCGCGCGGCGGUGAAAUUCCUGCAAGAGCACGGCAAAGGUUUCCAACACCGCAAGCCCAAGCGUCUUCCAACGCAGCAGUCCGUGCCGGCAUGCUGA